GGGAGCGAAAUUGUAACUGAUUGCGGAGUCGAGGGAGGAUAGGGAGGAGCUGGAGGCAGAGAGGAUUCAGUUGGAGAGAGAUAGGGAAGAGUUGAAGCGGCAGGAACGCACGUUAAAAGAGAGAGAAGAAUCGAUAGAGAGGGAGAGAGAAGUAGUAUGCAUGGAGGUGGAAGUAAUGCUAAAAAUGAUGGAAGCCUUGAGGUUACAGAAGGAAGAGUUGAAUGAGAGGGCAGUUUUGAAGAUGGAGAGGGAAAUGUUAAUGAGGGAGAAGGAAGAACUGAGGAUAAAAAAUGAGGUAUUGAAGAAGGAGAAAGAAGAGUUGGAGGAGGGUAAGAUAGAGUUGAAGAAGCAGAUGGAGGCGUUUCUUUUAGAGAAGCUGCAGUUUUGGAAGGAGAAGGGGUUAGAGAAAGAGAAGGAAGAGUUUGAGGAGGAUAAGGAAUUGGAAUGUAGGGAUCAGGAGAACAGAGAGAUGGAUGUUCAACACUCGGAUGCCUUAGACACUGAUAUAUGUGAGAAAUUAGCGCCUUCCAUUGCAGUAUAUAAGACGAGAACUAAGAGGGUGUUGAAGCCGUCUGUAUACAAGCGUUCUCCAUUCACUUCCAUCUAUGUCAUUCAAACAACUCCAAGCAAGGCCGCUGACACUGAGAAACCGAAAGAAUUGUGUACUUCUCCCAUACCCUUUCAGGCCAAGAUUAAUCCAUUAAGGAAAAUAUCAGAGGCAGAACUGCAUGAAUUGGAUAGUUGGGCCAACGCAAACAAAGAAGCUGCAGAAUUUGGUUGGUUCAGGACCAUAUGGGAGAAAAAUGCAUGGGUUGAUAGCGUUGCUAUUGACAAGUACGUUGAUUUCCUGGAGAGAAGGCAUGGUUCAUUUCCUACUAUAUAUACAAAGGACUGCAAGUUUUGCCCCAUAUUUUUCCUCGUAACUGUAUGA